AUGCAUCCACAUGCCUCCCGCCACGACCGGACACCCCGAGGCCCAGUGCCUCAAAGCCCUAAUCACAACAUAGCUCCUAAAAACGCCAUGCUCGAGAUUGCUGCCUCUCAACCUUACAUCACCGUCCACCCUCCCCGCUUCAACUCUUUCGUCCCCGACGCUCAAAUGCUAUUCCACGUCCUCGGAAUCUGCGACCAGCUAAUGCUCACCACCACCCAGUUUAUCCGUUCUUCUCCUUCCUGGCUCCCGAUCGUCUCACAGCUCUACAUCUCUCUCCUCUGGAACUUCACCAUCCUCCGCAACUUCGUCAGUUCCAGACUAGGAUCUUUCUCUCAAUACUAUCAAAUCUUGAACGAACUCGAGUUCCUAAAACACUGUAUAGUUCCUGGUCCCUUGGUCUCUUUCUUCCAGUCCUUAUCCUCCUUUAACGGCCGCUUCUUCGACAUCACCCCGAUCAUCCCUGACUUCACAUCCUUAUGGAACGCUUCAGCGUUUCAUAUAAACGCUGAUUACGCUAGACAGAUCCCUAUAACUGCCAUAAUCCUCGACCAGCUUCACCACUUCGCCACCAGCGACGACACUGACAGCUUUCAGUUUCAAUGGUACGGUAACGUCUUCUCUCAAAGCAGUCAAGGCUACAACAAGCUGAACCGCAUCGGUCCACAACUCUGCGGUUCACUAUUCUCCACACCUCAGCAAACCGCCUCCGCUCGCGCCUUCUGGAGCUCCGUCUUCGCCGGUGCGACACGUGUCAACGCCGCCGAUGAAACUGCUCUACACAUGCAUAACUAUUCAAAGUACUUCAACGGUUCUGUCCCCUUGAGCUCGAUUCUCCCGACCGGACUCGGUGCUGUCGCCGUGAGAGGCGUUCCUUCCGUCAACGAAGCUACUCGAAGCUUCCUUUACCCAACCAACGCCGAGAUCGAACCGUUCACUUCGUCGAGAUUCAAUCCUCGCCGUCUAAUCCCAUUAGCAAUGUCUGUGACUUUUCAGCAUUGUGAAUAUGAAGGGCUUGAUGAAGAAGCCGAACGUUAUGCUAUUGUGGCUCACACUAACCUUCGGUGGCCUCUUGAGAACGGUGAUCAGAACGAGUGGACUCUGGUUAACUCGUGUGUAACUCAUAGAGGAGAUGUUUGGUCGUUCAUGUGCCAUCGUUUCUCAAACCCAGUAGUCAGUCUUCAUUUUCAAUUAGGUCAAGUCAUUGUUUCACGCUAUCAUUUACACGAGCUUUAUUUAGAUGAUUAA